GAUGCUUAGCUCAUCAAGUUGUAAUGAUUUUUGUGCCACUUGUGUCCAUCGUACAUUUGUUGUUGGUUGCAGUUGAACGAUUUGUUAAGAUUGUAUACCCUCUGCAUUAUCACAGGAUAGCUACGAGAUCCCGUGCAGUUGUCUUAAUUGUUUUAACUUGGUUGUUUCCGUUUUGUGUGAGUCUGCUACCAUUUAUGGGGAUACAUCAAAACAUGGAAUCGACUAACAACACGGAUAACACAUGUGCCACCUUAGACAUGCUACCGUGUCCAUACUUGAAUGCUGUAAUAGGUAUGAUUGGUUUAAUAAGUGUCUUCAUGGUCAUUCUUUACACGGUGAUUAUGAAAAUUGCGUACAGGCAUGCCAAAGAAUUGAGGAAAAUUCAGAUCCCUAAACAAAAGGGUAAGAUACGUAAAUCCUCCGAAUUAAAGGCACUAAUUGUUUUAGUAAUGACAGUGAUGUACUUUGUUUUGUCAUGGGCUCCGUUUAGUGUAUCUAUUAUAGAUGAAUGUAUGUCUGGGCAGAUAGCCAGCUAUUAUACAACAUCGAUCUUUAUAGCUUAUUUUAAUUCGACUGUCAAUCCUUUGAUAUAUGGGAUAGGUAACAGGGAACUCAGAAAUUCAUUCCUUGCAAUUUGCAGUAAACAAAAACGGAACGAAAUAGCACCUGUUACUACGGUAAUUACUGCUAUCUCGAUGACGGAGCGAAAGAUAGCAGAAAGCAAUGUGUAAUUCAAAAGGAACAGACUAAAUGCAUAAAAUACUGGAAACU